AUGGCAAUUUCAAGAUUAAGCUUUGCUUGUAGACUCAGCUUCCCUUUUAGGCCACCUCUUUUUCGCUGCAUUCGAAAAUUUAGAUUCAGUUCAGUUGCAGCAAUUGAAACCUUUGAUGAUCAAGAGAAUGUUAUCAAUGACAAGAAUAAAAAUUUCGGGGGCCAUAAGGGGCCGGAGUGGAAGAAAUUGAAUGCCAAGGAACUUGGAAUGAGUACUUCAAUGAUUUCAAGGCCUACAAAGAUGGUCCUUAAUGGACUUAAGAAAAAUGGUAUUCUUUUGACAUUUGUUGUUGGUGAUACUUAUGGAUAUGAGGUUUAUCUUGUGGGAGGUUGUGUCCGGGAUCUUAUUUUAAAGAGAAUACCAAAAGAUUUUGAUGUAAUCACAUCAGCUGAGCUUAAAGAGGUAGUAAGGGCAUUUUCACGGUGUGAAAUAGUUGGCAAACGGUUCCCCAUCUGUCAUGUGCACAUUGGGGAUACUAUUGUGGAGGUUUCGAGUUUUAGCAUCACAGGACGGAAGUUCAGGGUGGAUUUGAGCAAUGACAUCGGUAGUCCCAUUGAUUGUGGUGAGAAGGAUUAUGUUCGUUGGAAGAAUUGUUUGCAGCGGGACUUCACAAUAAAUGGGUUAGUACUUGAAGAUGCAAAUCACGUUUUCUGGUUAGUGAAUUUUGGAUCUCUUGUUUGCAACUCAUCUCAUUCUUCCAAAUGUCUUUGCAUGCAGAUUGAUUUUGUGAAUUUCUUUCAAUAUGUCACAAUAUAUGUUGUCCUCACACCAGCUUCCGUGGGCAUAGCUCGCAUUCUGCGUGCAGUAAGAAUUGCUGCUCGUUUAGGAUUCCGUUUUACACGGGAAACAGCUCAAUUUGUCAAAAAACUUUCUCGCACGUUACUAAGGCUUGACAGGAUGAGAAUCUUGAUGGAGAUGAACUACAUGCUUGCAUAUGGUUCUGCCGAAGCUUCUUUGAGGAUAUUAUGGAAAUUUGGACUUCUCGAACUACUUCUGCCCUUCCAGGCUGCAUAUUUUGUUCGUGAUGGAUUUAAGAGACGGGACAAGAGAUCUAACAUGCUUCUGUGUCUGUUUUCUAACUUGGAUAGACUUCUUGCACCUGAUAGGCCAUGCCACAACAGCUUAUGGAUUGGAAUCUUAGCAUUCCAUAAAGCAUUAUCUGAUCGACCAAGGGACCCUAUGGUGGUUGCGGCAUAUUGUCUUGCUGUCCACAAUGGUGGAGAUAUUUUAGGAGGAGUAAACAUGGCGAGGAAGUUAACCAAGCCCCAUGAUGCCAGCUUUCAUGAGUUAUCUGAACCUCAGAAUCUGGACUAUAAGGCACUGGUUGAUGAGGUUGUGGAUUUCGCAGCAUCUGUUAAACAAGUCAUAUAUUGGAUGACCGAUGAGCAUUAUGUUUCACAGGCAAUGGUAGAGUACCCUCAAGCACCGUAUUCGGAUUUGGUAUUCAUUCCGUUGGCAGUGUAUUUAAGAGUGUGCAAGAUUUUUGAAUGUUCAAGAGAGGGCUCAGAGAAAGGAUUUGUGCCAAAGCGAGGUAGAAAGAUUGAUUAUGAGAUGUUGGCUUUGGGAAGCCUGCAAGAAGUUCGGCAUACUUUUGCAAGGGUUGUCUUUGAUACUGUUUUCCCGCUUAACUUAAAUCCAGACCAUGCAAUCCUACAGCAAGACACAGAAAGUUGA